AUGAUCACAAUGCUUGGUGCACUCCCAACAACUGCGAUUCUGUUAGGGGCCUAUUUUCUAGUGAGAUUUAUUCGUGCACCCACUCAUAAGCUGGGGCACAUCCCAACAGUCGGCUCUUCUAAUAUUUUUCUUUCUUAUUUCGAUGCCCUCCGAUACUUUCGAGAAGCACAUGAAAUGAUUCAAGAAGGUUACGAGAAGUACAAUGGCACCCCGUUUAAAGUAUCAACGAUGGCGCGAUGGUUGGUUAUGGUUAGCGGAAAGGAUAUGAUCGAAGACCUCCGUCGAGCAAGCGAUGAUGAACUUUCGUUCAAUGAUGCCGUUGGAGAGUCGAUUCAAACAGACUAUACCAUUGGCCCCCAAAUCCGCACCGAUCCAUAUCAUACGGCUAUUGUUCGAACACCUUUGACUCGUAAUCUUGCCAUAAAAUUCACCGAUAUCAAAGAUGAGAUAUCCACUGCCUUCGAGGAAAUUGUACCCAACACAGGCAAUGAGUGGACAACAUUCCCUGCUCUGUCUACAAUCAUGCACAUAGUCUGCCGUACGAGCAAUCGACUCUUCGUUGGCCUUCCCCUAUGUAGGGACCCCGACUGGGUCAAACUGAAUCAACAAUUUACAGUAGACGUAAUUGUUUCAGGGCAAAUCAUCAAUAUGUUUCCGCCAAUCCUUAGGCCUAUCGUCGGUCGCCUUCUUACCACUGUGCCAUCGAGCAUCAAGCGUGCUAUGAAACACAUUGGCCCCCAGAUUGAAGCUCAACUCGAACGGGAGAAGAAUUCCAGUCACGACGAUAAUCCUAACAACCUCAUAAGUUGGUUGUUGGAUGAAGCACAGGGACCCCAAAGGUUACCUCGCGAUCUUGUCACUCGUGUCUUAUCAAUCAACUUUGCUGCGAUUCACACAACUUCACAUGCCUUAACACACGCCUUGUUUUAUCUUGCCUCAUGUCCAGAGUAUGUUCAGCCAAUGCGUGAAGAAGUUGAAGCCGUCAUUGAAGCAGAUGGCUGGACUAAAUUGUCCAUGGGUAAAAUGCGAAAGUUGGACAGUUUUAUCAGGGAAUCACAACGCCUUUCAAUCGGAGCUGUAAUAAUGAGUCGCAAGGUCGUCAAAGACUUUACAUUUUCGAAUGGUGUGACUAUCCCUGCGGGGACACAUAUCGCGGUCACGUCAAACGCCACUCACAUGGAUCCUACACUCUAUGAGGAUCCUCACACUUUCAAAGGAUUUAGGUUUGCAGAAAUGCGGGAAGAAGAAGGGGAGAGCAUAAAGCAUCUACUCGUGUCUCUCAGUCCAGAUUACUUGGUCUUUGGGUUAGGGCGUCACGCAUGCCCUGGUCGUUUCUUCGCAGCAAACGAACUCAAAGCAAUGCUUGCGUAUAUUUUAUUGAAUUACGACAUUAAGCUACCGAAUGAUGGACCCAGACCCCAGAAUCAAUGGUUCAUGGGUGCUGCGUCACCCAACAGAACUGCGGAACUCAUGUUUAGGAAGAGAAAGGAUUGA